AUGGCGAAGAUGAAGAAAAGUGAUGUAGCUGAAAGAGCAUGGAAUCUCCUGCGUCUAGCACUGUUAUGGGGAAGAAAAGGAGGGGUUUUCAAGAUACGGCUGAUGAUGGAGCUACGAUUGGUGCCCAAGUUCCUCAAGGGUCUUGCACAUCCGUCCACUCGUAAUGAUCACCAAAUGAUCAGCAGCCAUUAUAUGGAACGCCGGCUUUCGUUGGACGACACACCCAUUUUUCACCUCAAGAUGCACCACCACCGUCCCACUUCCAUGAGAUUCCUUCUCCCUUGCAUUAGCGUUGAGGAAGUCGAUUUCGAUUACGAUUUUGGCGUCGAGGAUUAUGAUAAUGGAAGAACGAGUUACUCAACGGGAUCCGAGACCGACGUCGAAGAUCAAGAAGUGGAAGAGUGUGGAUAUGAAGGGUGUGAUGAGAAAGAAAACGGUCCGUAUGUGUGUUCAUACGAAACCGAGGAUGAAGGGAUUGAUUCAAAGGCUGAGAAAUUCAUAGCAAAGUUUUAUGAGCAAUUAAGGUUACAGAGACAGAUUUCUUAUUUGUAA